AUGGCGUCCCCACCCGGCGGCUCCCUGGGCCUCCUGCUCUGGCUCCUGCUCCUCCAGCCUCGGCUCCGUGAGGCGGAGGGGGGGUCCGCGCCGCCCCCACCGUCCCCGGCGCCCACCUCCCCGUCGUCGUCGGGGGGCGGCCGCGAGGGCCCCGGCGCGAGCGUGUGGAAGGCUGAGGGACCGUCUGCGCCCCCCGGGCCCCAAGAGGCUGCCGCAUCCCCCCAAGUGGUGGCCGUCACCCCAGGGGCCUCUGGCUCCUACAGGGCUGGGGCCAUGGCAAAGCCACUAAGCACAGCAAAGCCGCUGUUCCCUGCAGGAUGCGGCCAGAGGUCUAUGAGGAUAGUUGGGGGAUUGCCGGCCGCAGAGCGGAAGUGGCCCUGGCAGGUGAGCCUGCAGAUCAAUGACAGACACAUGUGUGGAGGCUCCCUCAUUGCCAGUCGGUGGGUGCUGACCGCGGCCCACUGCAUAUUUGGCCAUGUGGAGUACACGGCAAAGCUGGGAGACAUCUUCAUGAAGCAUACCUCCAGAAUGGCAGUCGAGAUCCCCGUCCAAGACAUCGUUAUUCACCAACAUUACAAUCCUAUUGGAUUAAUUGAGAAUGACAUUGCCCUUGUUCUGCUUGAGUUCCCUGUGAAUUUUUCCUCCCACAUCCAGCCCGUGUGCCUCCCUAAAAAGGAGUUCAUGGUACAAGCUGGUACAGAGUGCUGGGUGACUGGAUGGGGGAAGCUCAACGAAGCAGCUGCCGAAAGGCUACAGGAGGCUGAGCUAAACAUUAUCCGUUAUGAGAAAUGUAACACGAUGCUCCAAACCCAGAUGGAAACUAGUAGUGACAUAGUCAAGGAAGGGACAGUCUGUGGUUACAAUGCCCAAGGAAAGGAUGCCUGCCAGGGAGACUCUGGGGGGCCCCUGGUCUGUGAAUUUAAUGAAACAUGGGUCCAGGUGGGGAUUGUGAGUUGGGGCAUUGGCUGCGGUCGCAGAAAUUAUCCUGGAGUUUAUACAGAAGUUAGUUUCUACAAGGACUGGGUCAUUGAUCACCUGAGUCAGGCUUGCUCUUGGGACUCAGCAGGCUCCUUCCCACUUCUGUGUCUGCUGCUGCCCCUGGGCAUCCUGGUGGCCCCGUGAUCACCCCGGCCCACCCCCCUCCUGUUUCCGGGUCUCGCACUGGGCCUCUCCUCCGACCUCCCCCUCCUACUCAAAUGCCCUUUCCUCCAGUUCUGCUUGGCGUCCACUGAGCCUGUAGAGAGCCCCACAGGAGAAAGUGGCAGCGAGGCUGGAGCCCCGAAAGUGUCCCAGCCUGAUGCCCCCAGUCACCUGCCUCGGCCACACCCACGACCUUGGCUGUGCCCUGCUUGCCCCGAAGGAGAGGGGUCAAGCAUCCCAGCCUGAGAGCCAGCCGACCUGCCAGGUGGAGCCCGGUGCUUCCUUGCCAUCUUGGAGAGCCUCUACCAGAGAAGACACCUCAUGAGCAGUGAGGCAGCCUUGGACCUGGCUGUGGUCUCAGGCUGUCACCUGAGACUGGGUCGAAGCGGGCAGCUUGCAGAUUGUGCAGAGAGAGGGAGGAGGCAUCACCAUGUCCCUGCUGAGCUGUGAGGCCUGGAGUUUCCACAUCUGACCGGGCUGUCUGGGGCUGGGAGACAUUUCCCCUGCCCCCAGCGCGGAUCCAGCCG